AUGCCUAUGGGCUAUGAGGUUGAUGAAACCACUUUGGAUGCCUACGCACAACACUUGCUAAAUGCUCUAGUAGACACCAAAGAAGAAAGGUUGGGAACUUGCCAAGAGAAAUCAAUGGAGUUGCACACCAAGUUCACCGAACCGGCAAGGAAAAUAAAAGUUACAAAGAUUGUGGAGGAAAUCCUUGUUGAAGAAGGUCACCCUCGUGAGAAGGUCAGAGUUGCAAGAGCUACUAGGGAUGCAAUUGAGAAAGAGAAGGAACAAAAGACUACACCUACUCCAGUUAAAGUAAAGGUGACAGGGUCUUCUCCCACUCCAGUGAAGACACCUCCUAUUGAAGCAAAAUCCUUUGAUUCUUCUGCAAAGGGUAAAGGUGUUCAGAGGAAGAAGCAGAAACCCCAAAGAGAGUAUGUAGCAGUUUCUCCGAUACAAUUUAAAACUGAAUCAGAUGCAGACAUUCCUAAGGCUCCAAAGAAAGGAGAGUUUGCUAGGGUUAUUCAGAAACCCCAAUCCAGUGCCGAGAGGAAAGAGAAGAAGGAGAAGAAAUCAAGGUCUAAUCUUGUACCAACAAGCAAGCCCAAGCAAGGAAAGAAGAAAAAAUCAGACCUGGAUGAGGCUAUAGAAUCUAAGGAAGACACUCAGGAUGUUGCAGAGCAACAAGUUUUGGAUUCUGUUGAAGUCGAGCCUAUUGAGGUGAAUGAUAAAUCAUCUGGGGAAGAGGUUGGUGCACCAAGUGGUGAUACCACUGCACAAGAGGCACCCAAAGAAGACAAAUCUGGAUAG